UACAAGAUAACGAUAAGACCGGCUACAUGCAUGCCCAUUGCUGAAUAGUAUUUUUUGAAUGUUUUAAUAUUAUUAAUAAUAUUAAUAUUACUUUUUUUCCUAUUAGUUAUUGAUUAUUUUAGUCCGUGAUCGAACGUUAUCUCCAGUUAAUUAAUCAAACUGUUAACUGUUUCAGACAUCUUGAAUCUUCGAAGAACUUCUAAAGACUAUAAUUAUAUAAGUCUAUAAAAUAAAGGUCUUGAUAAUAUUUAUCCUGUGACAUAAAAUGCCAGUUAACGAGAAUGUAAUUCUUCUUGAUAUUGAAGGAACAAUUACAUCUAUUAGCUUUGUUAAAGAUACAUUAUUUCCAUAUGUCACUAAAGUCUUAGAGGAUUAUAUUGAAAAAUACUGGGACGAUGAUAGUUUUCAACAAGAUUUAGAACUAUUACGUGCACAAGCAGUUAUUGAUUCCAAUGUUGAAGGCUUUGUACCAAUAUCUACAGGUGACAAUGCAAAGAAAUCUGUCAUCAACAAUGUAUUAUGGCAGAUGGCCAACGAUAAGAAAACUACUGCUCUAAAGCAAUUGCAGGGUCACAUAUGGAAAGAUGGAUAUGAAAGUGGUCUUCUAAAAGGUCAUUUAUAUGAAGAUGUAUUACCAGUUUUAAAUAAGCUAACUGACUUAGGUAAAAAGAUAUACACCUACUCCUCUGGGAGUACACAAGCUCAAGAGUACUUAUUUCAAUAUUCUAUGUAUGGAGACGUAUCUAGUAUAUUUCUAAAAUAUUUUGACACUAAAAUGGGUCCAAAAGGCUCAGAAUCCAGUUAUAUAAAUAUUGCUAGUGAGAUAAAUGUGAAUUGUAGUAAUAUUUUAUUCUUAACUGAUGUAGUAGUUGAAGCAGAAGCAGCUGUAAAGGCCGGUUGUAAUUCAGUUCUUCUGGUAAGACCUGGUAAUGCUCCUCUGGAUCCUGAGAAAAGUUCAAAGUUUAGAAGUAUAAAGACACUAGAUGAAUUAUUAUAAACCGAGUAACUUUUACACACAGAAAAUACAUUUUGGUAACCUUAAAAUACUAAAUACAUAUCAUUAUUCAUUACAAAUGUUACAUUUAUAUUUUGUUAAUUAUUUUUAAUAUAUAGAUUAAAAAUAUAUGUACAUUGCAUAAAUUUUAAGUAUAGUCUGUUUUAUUACUGUAUAAUUGUUUUGUUUGAAAAGAGACAUCAUAGAGUAAUAUUAUCCCUUUAUAACAAUUGGAAAUGAAGACUAAACUUCAAAUUUGAACUUUCAACAAGACAUUUUUUUAAUUUUCUGUAUAAUUACUACGAAAGUUACAAAAAAAUACUGAGAAUUGUUGUAGUAAUAAGACAUUUACUAAGCAAGUGACUUAUUUUUUUUGAAAAAAUGAUAAAAAUCUAUUUUUUAUUACUGUCAAAUCAAUAGAAAAACUUUGUCAAAAAUUAUUAUUAUUAUUCAAUAUUCUGUGCAUAAUUGUGUUCAAAACUGUAAAAAAUAGAAGUACAAGAAAAGAUUUAAUUCUAAAUGUAUGGAUAGUAAUAAGUGAUAAGUGGUUAAUUUUUUUUUCUUAUGGGUAACCGGUUGCCAACAGAAAUAAACAAACCUGUGGUGAUGAUGUGAA